CAACAUGUCUCCCUUUGUCAAACUCAGUGGGGCGGCGCGACCCAAAAAAUAAAUAAAGCGAAAGUAAAAAGCGAAGGAGGAAGUUGACCGACUCGAACGCGCUGCUCUCGUUGUUGUCCGUCCGCUGUAGUCUACGGUCUGUCCAGAACCACCUUAACACUAAGAGGUCUACGCUUUGUAGUGUUGGUUUCAGCCCAAGUUGUCAUACUUGUUGUCGUCAAAGAGCCGCCAACAUGUCCAAAGCGGUAGUUUUGAAGAUUACAAAGGCCAACGCCGUUAAGGUUGACAACUUUCGUCAAUCCCUUUAUGCCGAGGCUGAAAACCUAUUCUGCAACCAUAUCCCAACAAAGAUUGUGCAGCUAGACUCCCUCCUCAAGGAGGAUGUGCUUAGCAUCACAGACAUGACGUCCAUUCAUGCGCCUCUGGACAUUCCCAUCCCAGAAGCCCCCACCCCAGAGGAAGAGGAAAUGGAGACCGACAACGAGGAUGAGAAGAAAAAGAAGAAGAAAGCACCAAAGUGUGGUUUCAUCAAGGGGAACGAGAAGAUCACCCUGCUUCUGGACAGACUGAAACCAGAGAUCGUGUCCUUCAGAGAGACGAUCAUCACAGUGUCAUGCUGGAUUCAGCACCUUAUCCCAAAAAUAGAGGAUGGAAAUGACUUUGGGGUGGCUAUCCAGGAGAAGAUCUUGGAAAGAUUAACAGCAGUCAAGACCAAGGUAGACACAUUCCAGACCAACAUAAACAAGUACUUCUCAGAGAGAGGAGAUGCAGUGGCCAAAGCCUCCAAAGAAACUCACGUGAUGGACUAUCGCUCCAUGGUCCACGACAGGGACGAGGCCAUCUACGCAGAGAUCAGAGUGAUCAUCCUGGACAUCCGUGGUUUCUACGCGGAGCUUUAUGACAUCAUCAGCAAGAAUGCAGAGAAGGUGACCAAUCCCAAAGGAGAGGAGAUGUCCUCCAUGUAUUAAAUCGCAGCGGAGGGGUUGCUAUAGCGAUGGUACAAGAAGUGUCAGUUAGAUUGCUUAAUUCACUGCUCAGCCUGACUGCCCAGCAACAUAUUGAACAGCCUUAACUGUUUCCCAGAAUGCAUCAGUUUAUACCAAUAAACCAUUCACUAGG